ACAGAAGAGAUGAAGUUCUUAAGUUACAGAGGACUAGGUAGUAUAUGUUGUUCUUUUACUGAUAAAACAAACUUACUCUUCGAGGCAAAUUUGGCUGGUAAUCACGAUGCAGAUUUGGAAACCAAACACGCGGCACAAAAGAAGAAACCAGCCAAGAAGGCAAGUGCACCGGUGAGACAUGAUGACGACGAAGCACUCAACCUAAAAGAUCGCAUGGCUGCUUGUACUAUUGGUGACUCCCCUCCAAAACGUAGUGCCGCGGAAUCCGAGACUACAAAAGAACAGAAAGGAAAGAAAAGGCGGAACGAAUCAAGCAAAAGAGGCACGACAAAGAAGGCUACGACACCCUUAACCAAGUUGUCUGGUGAGAGCGAGGACAACAAAUUUGUCAUGGAAGAAGCGUAGCUGAUGACGGUGGAGAAGGUGGUGUUGUCCGGUUGCACGCCGUCCCGCAGCAUUGCGUCUCAGAGCGCCUCCGUUUUGCUCCAGCGCUGCCGCUUGCGCAAACACCUUGAGCACGACGUUGUACAGGAUGACCUUGCUGCGGACCUCCGCGUUCUCCAGGAACCAGCGCAGUGCGAGCAUGGUGGUAGCC